AUGUUCUUUUUGGACGCGUUUCUCAAAGGCCUCAAACCUCAAUACGAUGAUGAUGCAUGCGAUCGACUCAAUUACUACUAUACACCAAUGCUUUUCGUGAUUUUCUCGUUGACACUUAGCGCUAAACAAUAUGUCGGUCAACCUAUUCAAUGUUGGAUUCCUGCACAAUUUACAGGGCUCGACUCAUUUUCAUGCCAGAAUAUCCAAGAAUCGAUUGUCGGCCAUAGAUUGGUGAAUUUCCUACAUGUGAAUCCUACAGAAGUAAAGGUUAAAGCUAAACAGACAAUGAAGGAAAAAAGUGGAGGUCAGAUUAUCCUGAAAACAGACGGAACUGAUCUCCUUGAUGGGUUAUAA